CCACCCCGCCGGCCACCACGCGCGCACACACAGAGAGGCGGAGACAAUCCCCCAGACGAGGCGACACCGACCGAGAAGAGGCGGGCGGCGGCGAUGGGCGGCGGCGGCGCGCACGGCGGCACGACGUACAAGGGCUACACCAUCCCCCACAACAAGCGCUGGCACACCAUCGCCGGCAAGGGCCUCUGCGCCACCAUGUGGUUUUGGAUUUUCUACAGGGCUAAACAGGACGGCGCUGUGCUCUUGGGUAUGCGUCAUCCUUGGGAUGGCCAUGAUGAUCACGCGCAUGGUCAUGGACAUGCACACGAGCAUGAGGCUUCAUCGUCGUCAUCGCCGUCCCAUUGAGCUCAACGCUGAAAGCGGCUGACAGAGACCCUGCCACGUCGCAUGUUUCGAUGCAAGUCUCUGCUAAUAAAAAACAAUCACAACUAUCAUUAUUCACCCCUGUUGUUUGCAAGUUUUUGUUAGCACAUAAACUGGCUUUGUUAUGUAUUUUGGUUUGGAGCUGUGGCGUCGGUGGGAAUGCUUCGGCGUGCAUGUGUUGUUGCUUAUUGUGAUCGCUGCAGCUGUUGUCGCACGCUCCGAGGAAUCCUCUGACAAUAUAUGUAUCCCGUUCGAGUAGCGCAUUGCAAACAUGUCUAAGCGUUA